ACCACCCAGUUCCUGGCGGCGAUGAGACAGAGCGGCGCCUCCCAGCCCCUGCUGAUCAACAUGUACCUGCCAGAUCCCGUCGGAGACGGUCUCUUCAAGGAAGGAAAGAGCCCGGGCUGGGGACCGCUGAGCCCAGCGGUACAGAAAGGCAGCGGCCAGAUCCAGUUAUGGCAGUUUCUGCUGGAGCUGCUGGCUGACCGCGCCAACGCCGGCUGCAUCGCCUGGGAGGGCGGCCACGGCGAGUUCAAACUCACCGACCCGGACGAGGUGGCGCGGCGCUGGGGCGAGCGCAAGAGCAAGCCCAACAUGAACUACGACAAGCUGAGCCGCGCGCUGCGCUAUUACUACGACAAGAACAUCAUGAGCAAGGUGCACGGCAAGCGCUACGCCUACCGCUUCGACUUCCAGGGCCUGGCGCAGGCCUGCCAGCCGCCCCCCGCGCACGCCCACGCCGCCGCCGCCGCCGCCGCCGCGGCCGCCGCCGCCCAGGACGGCGCGCUCUACAAGCUGCCGGCCGGCCUGGCCCCGCUGCCCUUCCCUGGCCUCUCCAAACUCAACCUCAUGGCCGCUUCGGCCGGCGUUGCGCCCGCCGGCUUCUCCUACUGGCCGGGCCCGGGCCCCGCCGCCACGGCCGCCGCCACCGCUGCGCUCUACCCCAGCCCGGGCUUGCAGCCCCCGCCCGGGCCUUUCGGCGCGGUGGCCGCGGCCUCGCAUCUGGGGGGCCAUUACCACUAGACCAGGCGCCCCGGGAGCCUCUCCCAGCCGCCGGGAGCCUCGCUCAAUCCCACCCGCAUACGGGAGAGAGGGCCGGGGCCUCCCCUCCGUUCUUUCCAGCUCAGAUUUAAUUCCACCCGCUGCACCCAGCCCCGGGGGGAAGGGACUGACGUCGCCUUAGUCUUCCUUUACCACGGGAUUUGCCCCCGCCUCGUCCCUCAGCCCCCGAGGGAGGGUGACUGUGCCCCCACUUCUAACCUUCUAGACCCCAGGUCCCUGCGUCUCUCCGGAUUUUCCCUCCCCUCCGUCUGUGCUUCCCUCUGGCUCCUGAAAGCCCCUUGGAUAUGACCCGUCUCUCGAAUUCCAAAUCUUUUCUCAUGCCAACCCCCCGCCCCGGCCCCUCGAUGCCUGGCUCAGUCCACCUUCUCCUCUCCCGGCACCUCACA